AUGCAGGCGGUGAAGGUUUCCGCGCCGUGCGCACGCCCCGCGCCCGCGCUGCGCCAGCGCGCGGCCAGCGUGAAUGCCCUGGGCGGUCGACCUGGGCGCUUCGGCGCGGCCCGGCCGAGCGUCGCCAAGCCGUUCACGGCGCCCCACAAGUUCCACCAGUUCAGCAAGACCGACGUGCCGAAGGAGCGCGAGUCGGUCGUCGCGAACUCGUCCUCCGAGACCCCGGCCCCGAAGACCGAGCCUCCCUUCACCUGGGGCGCCAACAUGCCGAUGCUGCUGGCGUCCUUCGCCGUCGGCAUCAUCACCUGGUUCCUCCCGCACCCCGUCGGCAUCACGGACCAGGCCUGGCACAUGCUGGCGAUCUUCCUUGGCACCAUCGUGGGCAUCGUCACGAAGCCCAUGCCGCUGGGUGCGGUGGCGCUGAUGGGUCUCGGUGUUGCGCUGCUCACCAAGACGAUGACCUUCGCGGCCGCCUUCUCCGCCUUCUCCUCCGAGAUUCCGUGGCUCAUCGGCGUCGCCUUCUGGCUCUCGCAGGCCUUCAUCAAGUCCGGGCUCGGCAACCGCAUCGCGUACGCCAUCGUCGCGGCCUUCGGCAAGACCACCCUGGGUCUGACCUACUCCCUGGUCGCCGCUGAGGCGCUCCUCGCGCCGGCGAUCCCGUCGCUCGCCGCGCGCGCGGGCGGCAUCUUCUUCCCGCUCGCCAAGGGCCUGUGCGUGUCGUGCGGCUCGGACCCCGACGACGGCACGGAGAAGAAGCUCGGCGCAUACAUCAUGAAGGUUUGCUUCCAGUGCACGUGCAUCUCCUCGGCGAUGUUCAUCACGGCCAUGGCGGCGAACCCGCUCGCGGUGAACCUCGCCGCGCAGGCCACGGGCCACACCAUCACCUGGGGCCAGUGGGCGCUGGGCGGCAUCGUGCCCGGCAUCAUUUGCCUGCUCGGGAUCCCGCUGAUCCUGUACGUGCUCUACCCGCCGGAGGUCAAGGACACGCCGGACGCGCCGGCGGUGGCGAAGCGCGAGCUCGCGGCGCUGGGGCCGAUGUCGCGGGACGAGAAGAUCACGGCGGCUUCGCUCGGCGCGACGGUGGUGAUGUGGGUGGCGGGGUCGUCCGUCGGGAUCAACGCGGUGGGCGCGGCGAUCGCGGGCCUGUCCGUGCUGCUCAUCACGAACGUGAUCAACUGGAAGCAGUGCCUCAACAUGAACGAGGCCUGGGACACGCUGACGUGGUUUGCCGCGCUGAUCGGCAUGGCGUCGUACCUGAACAAGUACGGCCUCAUCGCGUGGUUCUCCGAGCAGGUCACGCAGGUCGUGGCCAGCAUGGGGCUGUCGUGGCAGGCGGCGUACCUGGCGAUCAUGCUCCUGUACUUCUACUCGCACUACGUGUUCGCGUCGUCGACGGCGCACAUCGGCGCGAUGUUCACGGCGAUGCUCUCGGUGUGCGUGGCCUCGGGCGCGCCGUCGAUGCUCUCGGCGCUCUCGCUGUGCUACCUCAGCAACAUCAUGGGCUGCCUGACCAACUACGGCAUCGGGUCCGCGCCGUCGUACUUCGGGAGCCGGUACGUCGCGCAGGGGCCGUGGUACCUCUACGGCGGCAUCCUCUCCGUGUUCUACCUCGUCGUGUGGCUCGGGCUCGGGCCCAUCUGGUGGAAGGCGGUCGGCCUGAUCUAA